GGCAUAGGCUAUAUUGAACAUAUAUAUGUGGCACAAACCUCUGAUAUUCCCAAGCAAAGAAUCAAAGCAAAUGGAGAACCCUUCGUCGGAGUUGGCAGAGGAAGCGAGCUUGAACAGCCACCCCCAGAUUGCGCUCAUCAACACCUUCUGUGAAAUCACCGCCGCCGCUUCCAAAUCCGAAGCCCUCUUCUUUUUGGAGUCCCACAAUUUCGAUCUCGACGCCGCCGUCUCCACUUUCCUUGACGAUGCCAAUCCGGUUGCAGCGGCUAAUCCGGGGUCACCGGCCGCGCAGUCUCAGUCUCAUUACUCGCCUUCUGAUUCGCUGUCUCCUUCUACUUCUCCUUCUCGCUCCCGAUCCCCCUCUCCGCCGCCUGCUUCCCGCUCUUACAAUCUUCGGUCCUCUGCUAAACCUAGCGCAGGGGCCUCCGGUUCUGGUGGGCGGAAAGGCGGAAGUGGAGGUGGUGGUGUUAGGACUUUGUCGGAUCUGAAUAGGAAUACUAAGGAUGAGGAUUCUGGUAGUGAUCCUGAUUUUGAUCCUCAGGAGUACUACACCGGCGGGGAAAAGAGUGGGAUGCUUGUUCGAGAUCCAUCAAAACCAAAUAACGUGGAUGCAAUAUUUAAUCAAGCAAGACAAUCAGGAGCUGUAGAAGCAUCUGCUGAACAUCUUUUACCUUCAUCAAGCUCAAGAAGCUUUGCUGGCACUGCAAGGCUACUUUCUGGUGAAGUGUCCUCUACCCCUCAGCAGCCUGAAGUUGUCAAUCACAAUAUUACUUUUUGGAGAAAUGGCUUUACGGUAGAUGAUGGACCUUUAAGGAGGCUGGAUGAUCCAGAAAAUGCAUCUUUCCUGGAGAGUAUCAGGAAGUCCGAGUGCCCAGAGGAACUUGCACCAGCAAAUAAGAGCACUGCGGUUCAUGUUAAUCUUAUGAGAAAGGAUGAAGAAUACAAGGAACCAGAGAGAUCCCGUCGUCCCUUUCAAGGUCUUGGAAGAACUCUUGGUAGCACCAGCGAUGUAACACCUGUGGAGCCCAAUACUGUCCCAACUGUCCUAACUGCUGCUCCCGCACCUUCUGUGGGUCUAGUUGUUGAUCAGAAGAAACCUUGUACAUCAAUUCAGCUGAGGUUGGCAGAUGGUACUCGCAUGGUUUCACGCUUCAACAACUAUCAUACAAUCAGAGAUAUCCGAGGCUUUAUCGAUGCAUCUAGGCCUGAUGGACCAAGAACGUAUCAACUGCAAACUAUGGGGUUCCCGCCCAAACAGCUCACUGAUCUUGACCAGACGAUAGACGAAGCUGGAAUAGCCAAUUCAGUUGUGAUCCAGAAACUAUAGCAACAAAUAUAGCAGAGCUAAUUUAUCAGUCAUCAGGUUGCAGUGGCCAUGUCUCAACACUGAUGUCUUAAAUUUAUUGAAGACAAUUGCAUGUAUCUCUAUGGACUUUGCUAUUUAUUGUUCAGAAUUUGAAGAGUUCAGAUUCCAUUUAUGCAUCAGAAUCUGUGUCCCUUUGCUUGUGGUGUUGCUUCUUUUAGACUGGUGAAUGGUACUGAAAAGGGUAGAUUAAGAUGCAUUGACCUUUUACUGUAAGGGUAGAUCUUUAAGGUGAUGGAACCUCAAUUUCAAUUCCAUUAGGCAAAUUGAAUGAGGUGUUGAUAAACCAUUAUUAUUA